AUGGCGACGAAGGCUGCCAAGUCGACUACUGCAGGAAGGAAAGUCUUUCACCGGUCCGAUACUUCCAAUCUAAACAACCGGGCAACAUUCACCUUCGACACGGACUCAUCUCGACCAGGCGUAACACGAAUCACCUUGCCUGAGAAGAGUAUCUGGACGCCUGGCCGCCACUGGCACGAGCAGCACGUCGAGUAUUUCCGCGUCGUUCAAGGUCGCGUUCUUGUCAGACUUGGAAAUACAUCGCAGAUCGCAACGCCCGCACAUGGGCCAGUUCGCAUUGAGAAAUUCGUGAUCCAUGACUUCAUGCGCGCUGAUCGAGACAAAUCAGAUGACGAGAAAGACGUCGAAGAUGCAGUUGUGGAAGAAUGGACCGACCCGGCUGAUGGUAUCAAGCACGUAUUCUUUAGAAAUAUCUUCAGUAUUUUGGAGGAUGCUCAGAGUUAUUGGGGUAGAUGGACAUAUCUGCAGGCGCUGUACGUGGCUGCGACGUAUGACGAUUUUAUCGAGGUCAUGCCGGGUAGAGCAUCGUACUUGACGACGCAUUUGUUGACUUCGGCCAUGGUAUGA